AUGGUUCGAGCAUACACCGGUGCAGCAACUAUUGGGUUAGGAUCUCUCAGACCCUCAGAACAGACCGGUGUACUCUCCAGAGCAGAGAUCACCUCACCUCUGUCGUCACCGCAACGUUUCGGCACGGCGUCGAUGGCGGGUGGGUUGCGCUCCCUUGCAUCGUCCGAGUUAGGAAAGGUUUUUGCAGUUUGA